AUAGUCGUUGUUUCGCGGGUUACGGUUGGAGGUUCAUUGUGAUUGUUAAAUUUAGUGUCAUGGCUGAAAACGAUACUGAACUCCUGGACUACGAAGAGGAGGAAGAACAGGAACAACCAACCAAUGAUACGGUAGUAGAAACAAAGAAACCAACUGGUGGCUAUGUAUCCAUUCACAGCUCUGGGUUCAGAGAUUUUUUAUUGAAACCUGAACUCUUAAGAGCUAUUGUUGAUUGUGGAUUUGAACAUCCUUCAGAAGUUCAACAUGAGUGUAUCCCACAAGCAAUAUUAGGAAUGGAUAUUUUAUGUCAAGCCAAAUCUGGUAUGGGAAAGACUGCUGUUUUCGUGCUGGCCACGCUUCAACAGUUAGAUCCUGUUGACAGUCAGGUGUCUGUUCUUGUAAUGUGUCACACCAGAGAACUGGCUUUCCAGAUUUCUAAAGAAUACGAGCGGUUUUCUAAGUACAUGCCUACCAUCAAAGUAGGGGUUUUCUUUGGAGGAAUGAACAUUGCCAAUGACGAGAAGGUCCUGAAGACUAACUGUCCCCACAUAGUUGUUGGAACUCCUGGCCGCAUUUUAGCCCUGGUGCGUAACAAAAAACUGAACCUGAGACAAGUGAAGCAUUUCAUCUUGGAUGAAUGUGAUAAGAUGCUGGAACAAUUGGGUAAGAUAUUUUUGUUGAUUAUUUACUGUAAGUUUGAGAAAGACACUUUAUUUCCAUCAUUACCUCAGUCUUUAAAGUAUUCCAUGUUAUUUUGUUCCUGUCGUUCAUGUGAUGUUUUUGUACAGCCAAUGGAAGUUUAUGUUGAUGAUGAGGCUAAACUGACACUCCACGGUCUACAACAACAUUAUGUUAAGUUGAAAGACAACGAGAAAAACCGUAAAUUAUUUGAGUUACUGGAUGUGCUCGAGUUCAACCAGGUUGUAAUCUUUGUGAGAUCGGUACAGAGGUGUAUGGCUCUGGCCCAGUUAUUAGUUGAGCAAAACUUUCCUGCGAUUGCUAUUCACAGAGCUAUGACUCAGGAAGAAAGGUUAUCCCGAUAUCAGCAAUUUAAGGACUUCCAGAAACGAAUCUUGGUUGCAACUAAUCUUUUUGGCCGUGGCAUGGAUAUUGAACGUGUCAAUAUUGUUUUCAAUUAUGACAUGCCAGAAAACUCUGAUACAUACCUUCAUAGAGUUGCACGUGCAGGAAGGUUUGGUACUAAAGGUUUAGCCAUUACCUUUGUAUCUGAUGAGGAGGAUGCCAAGAUACUGAAUGAUGUACAGGAUAGAUUUGAUGUGAAUAUCUCUGAAUUGCCAAAUGAAAUUGACAUUUCUUCAUACAUUGAAGGACGAUAAGCUGAUCCAAGACCCUUUCUUCUUUCUGUAACAUCACCAUUAUACAUCUGGAUGUUUUAACCUUUCACCUAUAGUUUUAUCAUGUAAGAAAGAGUUAAUUCACUCCCAAUUUUAUUACCUGUUUGUCGUACACUUUGUAAAUUGUGUAAAAAUUACACUAAUGUUCAUUAUGAGUUGUGUUUUUUUUAUGUACCAGUUGUGUAACUGUCAAAAAAAAUCUAGAUUCAUUUGAAUCUAAAUAAAGGUCGUCAGCGGUUUUUCUUAUAAAAUAUGUUUAUUCUG